UUCAACUCUAUGUAAUAAUUAAAUGACAUACACAAAUUUUCAAAAACUCGCAUAAGUUUUCUUUAGUGCUAUCACAACAUUAUCGAGCAUACACGAAUGAAUAUUACCUGCGGAAUCCGAUCAUAAUAAUCAUCCACGAUGAGCUAUAAUGCGGGUGGCGGGAAAGGUUUUGGGUUUGCGGGUUUUUCUAUGCCCAAAAGGAACCCGUCGAAUGUGUCUCUACAUGCGGUGCCGCCCCCGUCGGGGCCCAUGCACGCAGUCCCGCCACCUUCGGGGCUCUCCAAGCAGGGCUACUCCACCAUGAAUGCCAUCACACAAAACGCCGUCACCGGUAACUGGGGACAAAUAGGCAAGAAGAGAUCUAAAACAGAGGACGAGUAUUUUGAUGAUGACGAUGAGCCACCGACCCCUGCACUGGCCUACAUCCCGGCUCCGGGAAGCCCCACACAUCAAGCCUCCAGCUCCAAAGCUGAGGAUGAUGAGGAGGAUCCUCUGGACGCAUACAUGGCUGGUCUCGAACAGCAGGCGGCCAAGGAUCUGAUCAUGAGCAAGGAGAAUGCGGUUACAGGCAAAGGGGACGGAGCGAGAGGCACCAGAGGUGACAUUGACGAUAUGGACGAUGAAGAGAGUUAUUAUAAGUAUAUGGAAGAAAAUCCACUGACUACUGGUGAUGAUGGAUCUGAUGUGGAAAUUGAAUAUGACGAAGACGGCAACCCCAUUCCACCACCAAAGAAGAAGUUCAUAGAUCCCUUGCCACCGAUAGAUCACUCCGAGAUAAAGUAUGAACCAUUUGAGAAGAACUUCUACACUCCACACGAAGAGAUUGAGAAUUUGGAUCAGCAGAAAGUUGAAGAGCUGAAGAAGAAUCUUGGUGUUAAGAUCUCGGGUCCUGAUCCCCCUAAGCCAGUCAGCAGUUUUGGCCACCUGGGCUUUGAUGAGCAGCUGAUGAAGGCUAUCAGGCGGUCGGAGUACACUCAGCCUACACCGAUUCAAGCAGCCGGCAUACCUGCAGCUUUGUCUGGACGGGAUCUUAUUGGUAUCGCGCGAACCGGUUCGGGUAAGACUGCGGCGUUUCUCUGGCCCUUGCUGGUGCACAUUAUGGACCAGAAGGAGUUGGCACCGGGGGACGGACCUAUAGGCCUAAUUCUUGCACCUACGAGGGAGUUAGCACAACAGAUAUAUAUGGAAGCAAAAAAGUUCGGCAAAGUAUACAACAUUCGCUGUGUGUGUUGUUAUGGAGGUGGAUCAAAAUGGGAGCAGAGCAAAGCUUUAGAAGGAGGGGCGGAAAUAGUGGUGGGUACACCCGGCCGAGUGAUAGACAUGAUCAAGUGUAAGGCGACCAACCUCCAGAGAGUCACAUACUUGGUGCUCGACGAAGCUGACAGAAUGUUCGACAUGGGUUUCGAGCCGCAAGUGCGGUCGAUCUGCGCGCACGUCCGGCCGGAGCGGCAGGCGCUGCUGUUCUCUGCGACGUUCCCGCGCCGCGUGGAGCGGUUGGCGCGCGACGCGUUGCACGACCCCGUGCGCGUGACGCACGGCGCUGCGGGCGAGGCGUCGCAUCUCGUCACGCAGUAUGUUAGGAUAUUCAACAAGCCAGAAGAAAAAUGGUCGUGGUUGUUAAAAAAUUUAGUGGAAUUCUUAUCAGCUGGAAGCGUUCUUAUAUUCGUCACUAAAAAGCUAGACGCGGAGCAGACAGCGGCCAACCUGGGAGUGCAGCAAUACGACGCGCUCUUACUGCACGGUGACAUGGAGCAGGCGGACCGGAACAAAGUCAUCACGGCGUUCAAGCGACAGGAGUCCAACAUAUUGGUGGCUACGGACGUCGCGGCACGUGGUUUAGAUAUCCCCCACAUCCGCACCGUGAUAAACUACAGCGUGGCGCGCGAUGCGGACACGCACACGCACCGCGUGGGACGCACGGGGCGAGCUGGCGUGCGCGGCGCCGCCCACACGCUGCUGUUGCGACACGCCGACCGCGAGUUCGCCGGACACCUCGUGCGGAACCUCGAGGGCGCCAUGCAGGACGUGCCGGAGGAGCUGAUGCAGCUGGCGAUGCAGUCGUCGUGGUUCCGCAAGUCGCGCUUCAAGAAGGGGAAGGGCAAGAACCUCAACAUCGGCGGCUGCGGACUCGGGUACAAAGAGCGUCCCGGCCUGCCCGCGCCGACGGAGGAGGCGGUUACCGCGGCGGGGGCGGCGGCGGGGGCGGCGCCGGGGGGCGGGCCCGCCACGGACCGCCUCGCCUCGCUGCGGCAGGCCUUUCGAGUGCAGUAUAAUCAGUUCACGGCGUCGACGGACCACUCGUGGGAGCAGACGCGGCCGGUGCUGCAGCCCGGCGUCAACGCGCCCGCCGCCGACCCCGCCCCCGAACACGCCCCCGCCGCGGACAAGCCCGAGCGCACGCGCAAGAGCGGCAAGAAGAGCCGAUGGGAGUAACAAGAUAACUAGGGAGUUGGGUGGGCGCUGCACCCCAAAUUCACAAAAGAACUAACAAGUAGGCCGACUUUAAACAAACUGAAGGAUGACUCAUGACGGGUACCGCUGUAAUGCUGCGGCCGCAAAUACGUAGCGCUUCGUGCUUGAGACGA